AUGACGUUCGGCUACGGACUACACGAAUGGCUGACCCCCGGCCAAAAUGAUCGAUCGUUGAAUAUAAAGAAAUCGAUCCUGGGCCUGGUGACUUUCCUACUUCUCAUCCUGCUUUCGGCUGCCGAAUACUUUUUCAUCGAGGCGUUUUUCUUGGUAUUCCCUCCGCCUCUCCUCCAUGCCAUCCUCUUCCUCAUCGAAUUACUAUCGUUUCUUCUAUUUAUCCACGCACUUUUCAACGAGAAGGGGCCACUGGCCAUUCCUCUUUGCGUUACGCAGGCGAUUCGCGUUCUGCUUUUUGCCGGCGUCCUCAUUUACUACAUCAUCGAUUAUUUUAACGAUGAAGAUGUACCACUCGAACAUAGGAAUAGCAAUCGCUCGAAAUGGGUGGCAAAACUGGGGAGUCAUCUAAUAUUCGUUGCGAUGGGCCAUGUGCUGCUGUUCUACUGUGGAUGGGCAUGUUAUAGGCGUUUCCCCCAUUCAUCAGCCUACCGUAGCUCGAUCUCAAAGCAUGCAGAUGGUGGCCAAUUCCAUCCCCAAGGGACACAUCAUGUGAUUGUAUUGGAACAACCGAUUGAACAAGCCAUGUAUGGCAAGAGGCCA